GGCCCCUCGGGGGCCUCUGCCGGUGCCGAGCCGCUUGAGUGGCACUUCAGCCAAGUGUUUGGCGAGCGGAGCCCCGGGGAGGAGGUGCAGGAAGCCGACAUCAUCUCAGCCGUGGAGUUUGAUCACUCGGGUGACUACCUAGCGACCGGCGACCAGGGCGGACGGGUGGUGCUGUUCGAGCGCAUAGCGUCGGCACGCGGGGUGGGUGUGCCAGCGCGGCAUUCGCCAUUUCGAUACCUGACUGAGUUCCAGUCGCACGAGCCGGAGUUUGACUACUUGAAGUCUCUGGAGAUUGAGGAGAAGAUCAACAAAGUGCGGUGGGUGCGCGGGCGAUGCACGGGGCGCACCCACAUGCUGCUCACCACCAACGACAAGACCAUCAAGCUGUGGAAGGUGUAUGAGAAGAAGGUGGCUUCGCUGGCGGAAUUCAACCUGCAAAACGGCAGCAGCACGCUGAACGCGGGCCUGCCGCGCCCCGGCUCCGCCGGCGCCUCCGGCCUCUACUCCCCCGACAAGCUGCACGCCGCCUGCAGCGCGGCGGCCGCCAACCCGCUGGCCCUGCGCGUGCCGCGCGUGGUGGGCACCGAGACGCUGCUCAGCACGCGGUGCAAGCGGUCGUACGCCAACGCACACACCUACCACAUCAACUCGGUGGCCCUCUCCUCAGACUGCGAGACCUUCAUCUCAGCAGACGACCUGCGGGUCAACCUGCAGGACCAGGCGUUCAACAUUGUGGACAUCAAGCCGCAGAACAUGGAGGACCUGACAGAGGUCAUCACCUGCGCCGACUUCCACCCGCAGCAGUGCAACCUGUUUGCCUACAGCAGCAGCAAGGGCCUCAUACGGCUGGCCGACAUGCGCCAGGCGGCGCUGUGCGACCAGCACGCCAAGCUGUUUGAGGACUCGGAGCCCUCGCCGGGCCCCCGCUCCUUCUUCUCGGAGAUCAUCAGCUCCAUCAACGACAUCAAGUUCUCGCCCUGCGGCCGCUACAUCCUGUCCCGCGACUACAUGACCCUCAAGCUCUGGGACAUCAACAUGGAUGCGGGGCCCCUGGCCGCAUACCCCGUGCACGAGUCGCUGCGGGGCAAGGUGGGGGCGGGGCAGGACGCGGGGGGAGUGCUCCUUCAGGAGGGCGUGGGGGCCUGCAGGGGUGCAAGAGCUGGAUUGGGAGGGUGGGCGGGCCUGUGGGGGGUGGUGGGCCACGCCGGCGCCGGCGACUGCCUGCUGGAGGCCAGCCGCGACCCGACCCGCAAGCGGCUGCAGUCCUCCGCCAAGCUGCCCUCCCGCUUCGGCCUGAGCCGCGGCAGCGGGCGGGGCAGCCGCGGCGGCAGCUUCAGCGCGGGGGAGGAGGCCAUUGCCCAGGACUUCUCCACCAAGCUGCUGCACCUCAGCUGGCACCCGCGGGCCAACGUCAUCGCCACCGCCGCCUCCAACUCCCUCUACCUCUUCUAC